CACCACACCUCUCUCUUACCUCCCCUGCUGUUUCGAUGGAAAACACAAGUUAAUCGAGCCAACCCAAACAUCUAAUUCUGUUUGGUAAUCCCUUAAUUUUCGCAGGUCUAUUACAACUUUGGAUAUUGAGAGAAUCUAAAAUCCAACCAACAAAAACAAAGAAACAAAAAUUCUGGGAGGGAGAGAAAAUUACAAACAACCAUUCAUUCGUUGUUGUUCAUAUUGGAAUUCAACCAACCACCACCCCACGAUUGUAACCUCCGUCGCCGGCCAUCACUUUGUCGACGUCUGAGCUAUUGUAUUCUUUUAGGCCGACACCUCUUUUUUUUUUUUUGGGUCGUCGGAGAAUUUUGUUCUGUUUUGCGAGUUUGUUGGCAAAGGUAGGGGGGGAAUGCCAAUAGGAGGGGCGGCGGUCAGCGCCACGAAUUCAGGGAGCGGAAGUCCGACGACAACCCGGCGGCGCAUUCCUGAUUCAAUGAUGAUCAACGAGUUGGCGGCGCACAAAUUGCUAACCGACCAUCUUCAAAUUUCGGUUAAUCCGGAGGAUGUAUUCCCUUUCAACGACGACGGCGACGGAGAAUCUAGCCCGGACCAUCAUCAUCAUCAUGGCCGGCACCGUCAUCCUCUCGGUGCGGAGGGGAUUGUUUUGAAUUUCAUUAGUUUUUUUCAUUCUUUGGGAUCGAGGAAGAAUAUUGGGAGGACGUUUAUAGUUUUGUUGAUGAUUCUGGUGAUGGUCUCUGUUUUCUUGAAGUUUUCGUUACUGGAUGCUAAGGUACAAGGUAAUAAUAGUACUAAUGGCCAACUGUCCACCCACAUUCUGCCCAACAUUAAUGUCGACGAUUCGGCACACGCCCAGAAUAUCGUGUCGGAAUCCGUUUCCCAAUCUACGGUUUCUAUGCAUAAACGCCAGAUGACAGAGUUCCCGGUCCCAGAGAUAUGGUUGAAGCCAAAUAGCAACAACUAUAAUCAAUGUGUAGAAAUACCCAAAAACAGAAUAAGGAUACCGGGAUCGGCAACAAAUGGUUACAUUUUAGCUCAUGCCAAUGGCGGGUUAAACCAGAUGAGAACAGGAAUAUGUGACAUGGUUGCAAUUGCAAAGAUCAUGAAUGCUACCCUUGUUCUGCCUUCUCUUGAUCACGAGUCGUUCUGGACGGAUCCCAGUGAUUUUAAGGAUAUUUUCGACUGGAAGCACUUCAUUCACACGUUAAGGCAAGAUAUUGAGAUUGUUGAUUCUUUGCCUCCCCAUUUGCAUGCCAUUAGGCCCCUUGUAAAGGCACCUGUUUCUUGGUCAAAGGCUAGUUACUAUAGAGGUGAAAUUCUUCCUUUGUUAAAGAAGCACAAGGUCAUCAAAUUCACCCAUUCUGAUUCACGGUUAGCAAACAAUGGCCUCGCGCCUUCCAUUCAAAGACUUCGUUGCCGUGCAAAUUAUAUGGCCUUAAAAUACACACCAGAGAUUGAAGAACUUGCUGGAAAAUUGCUGGACAGACUUAGAAGUGACGGCGAACCAUUUAUCGCACUUCAUCUAAGGUAUGAGAAAGACAUGCUCGCAUUCACAGGUUGCAGCCACAAUUUGAGCGCUGAAGAAUCUGAGGAGCUGAGAUUUAUGAGGUACAACGUCAAACAUUGGAAAGAAAAGGAGAUAGACAGCAAAGAGAAACGAAUUCAAGGAGGCUGCCCUAUGUCUCCAAGGGAGGCAGCUCUCUUUCUCAAGGCCAUGGGUUAUCCUUCAACAACAAGAAUAUAUAUAGUGGCUGGGACAAUCUAUGGAAACAAUAGUAUGGAUGCAUUUCGCUCAGAGUACCCCAAUGUUUUCUCUCACUCCACUCUUGCAACAAGUGAGGAGUUGGAAGAAAUGGAACAGUAUCAAAAUCGUUUGGCGGCUUUAGAUUACAUAGUAGCUCUUCGAAGUGAUGUGUUUGUUUAUACAUAUGAUGGGAACAUGGCAAAGGCUGUGCAAGGCCAUAGGAGGUUUGAUGGUUUUCGGAAGACAAUAAACCCUGACAGGUUUGAGUUUUAGCACCAUUACUCAAUUUCUUCCUCAUUUUUGUUUAGAAUUUUAGUGAUUUCUUUUUUGCUUCAAGUGUUUGAUGACUUGAUGUUUGUUUUCAGGCUUAACUUUGUCAGGCUGAUAGAUGCAUUUGACAAGGGUUCUCUGUCUUGGGAACAAUUUGCAUCUGAAGUGAAGAGCUUACAUGCUGAUAGACUUGGGCAACCAUACCUUAGACAAGUCGGAGAAUCUCCAAGAUUAGAGGAGAAUUUCUAUGCUAAUCCUCUUCCAGGAUGCAUUUGUAGCACAUCUAAGGAGGGCGAAAUCGACCACCAUCAUCAAGAAGGAAGUUCUUCAAGACUUUCUUCACAAAGAUAGGGUUCAUUUUCGAAGUUUUCCUGCAGUUAUAGCAUGUACAGCAAAGCAGCAGCAGCUUUGAUUGUAAAAAACCAUACAGUCCAAUACAACAUAUGAAAGGGAUACUGAUUGAUGCUACUGUGGAGGGUUGCAGCCAAGCAAUGGGAUUUCGGGUCAUCAAGAAGUUCGUGGUAAAAAAGAAAGGCCCAAAUGACCAUGCAAGUGAAAUUUCAAUUUUGUUGCAGAAACAGGUAAAUCCCCAAAUUUUGGAUGCUGAAAGGGGUGAUUAUAGAAGCCAGAACAAGUGAUGCGGAUUCGUAGCAGGGAAUAGGUCAUUAUUUUGUUUAUUGUUCCAUCCUUGUUUGGCAUUUCACCUUGAUUCUUUUAUUUAUUAAUUUAAUGGAACAUACCGUUUC